GUUUAUCUCUUAUUCCUUAUUUGGAAUUUAUGCCAUCCCUUCUUAAACCCAUCUUUCAUCCCUGAUUUUCCACUCUUCUUCAUAAUAUCAAAACCCAAAAAGAACUCCUUCACAUUCCCAUAUUUUCAUCCAGCCCAUUUCCCCUUCAUUAUUCCACAAUUCCAUCUCCAAAAAUAACAACUUGAUAAGACCCCCGGUUCACCCCUAACAUCUGGUAUCAGAGCUCAACUUCGACGACUUUCUCAAGUCUCUCAAUCUGUGAGAGCCUAUAUAUACAUGUCUACUUUGUAAAUUGAACACAAGAGAGUAAUUCAGAAAAUUUCCUCCAAAAUAAUUCUUUCAUGGUAUCAGAGCCAAAACCCUAGAAAAUUUUCUACGACUACUGUUCACGAUCGCCCGGCAUGGCGUCCAUCGAUCGUUGCUCAGAUUUAGUUAGUUGUUGCUGUUGCCGGAUAAUGGAACGGUCGACCGUUGCUCUAGAACGGUCGAGCACGUCGACCGUCCCGUCGGCAGAUUGUUUGAUUGAUGCUGCUGUUGAUUCUUCCGCCAACGCCGUACGCCACUCUGCUACCGCCAUGGCCGAUGAACAACCAAGGAAGAUGUUUUUCUCGCUAUCAUCGUGUGUUUCUAGUUUGAAGCUUUCAGGUAUUCCUGUAUCACCGCGGUGGAUUAUAGAUACUGGGGCAUCAAAUCAUAUGACUGGUGAUAUUUCGUUAUUGUAUGAUGUUGUGGGAAUAUCACCGUGUGCAUCUCAUGAUACAGGAAGUACAAAUGAGGUUAUCUUUUAUGACGAAGAUGAAGAACUGCGGACGGAAGAACAGAUGGACCGUUCGGGGAGGGACGGUCGACUGGAGGAAAGCAGCAGAGCAGACCGGCUACAGACGGUCGAUCUGAUGGACCGUUCUGAUGUCCACGGUCGACCGUCCGAAAGGCAGAAUGACGGGUUCCUAAGAGAUGACCAAACGGUCGACCAGGUGGACCGUUCUGAUAUCCACGGUCGACCGUCCGAGAGGCAGAAUGACGUUUCUUUGAGAGAUGAUCAAACGGUCGACCGUGAUGUGGAAGACGGUCGACCGUCUCCGAGGCAGAAAGUUAGCGAUCUGGAACCGCUUCAGACGGUCGACCCCGUGGACCGUUUCAAGGACGGCGGUCGACCGUCCUCUUCUCAGCAGACAGUGGAGAACUUGGGACGUGGUCAGCGUGAGAAACGUCCAAAUAUUGCGGAAUAUGUGGGGGCGAAGCAAAAACUUUUGAACACCUGUUUUGGGUCUGCAGGGUCUCAUCUAAGGUCUGGGAGAGGGCCUUCCAGCUGCUGGGGUUAAACUACAAACUGAACUCCCUGGACAGCAUGGAAGUGGAGUUUGAAAGAAUUAAUUCGGAGAAAAUUCUCUUGUAUUUCUUGUGUUUACAAUUUACAACCAAGGCAUGUAUAUAUAGGUUUUCAGAAGUUGAGAAUCCUAAUUAACAAAGGAAAGAGAAUCCC